AUGCACAUACAUGAUAACGGAGAUUUCGAACACAUUGACUUCCCUCGGGGUAUAGGGGACCCCAGCGGCUUCUACUACCCAUUGAGCAAAGCGUCAUCGGUUCUUCGGGUCAACAAGCAGAUACACAGAGAAGCGCUGCCCUUCGCCUAUCGCCGCACCACGUUUUGCCUACAUAACCUCGAAAGCGCUAUCAAGUUCCUCAUUGCAGCUGGUCAAAUCGGACGCGAGAACAUCGAAACGCUGCACUUAGUUUGGGAAAGCAUUUUGGAGCCUACCAACAAUUGGGUUAUAUCUUCAGACCAGGGGCUCGAACAGCUUCCCAGGAGGCUUCCCUCCCGCAGCACGUCGACUUGUAUCCAGUUGUUGAAACAGUGCAAACGACUGCGGCACUUGUCUCUUCAAUUUGACAGUGACCUGAUACAGGAGAUAGGAUUCGAUGCCUUCAAGGAUGAUGCAGGCACCCAGUGCCUUUGUACAUUGCAAGGAUUGAAGAGGGUGGAAAUCCAAGAAUUCGGAACGACCCCCUUGGAGCACUCCAGUCUUGCCAAGUGGCUCAAAGAGCAGAUGGAGGGCGCGCGAGAAGAGAUGGAGCAGCACAAUGAGGACUCAAACGGGUCCAGUAUUUCGAUUUGA